UGUUUGGAGAGGUGGGAGGGCAGGUUUGAGGAGGAUAAAUCAGCUGUCUGAUGUGGAGCUACAGCUCUUCCCCUCCUCCCUGAUGGACGGCACUGGGGGCCCUCCGCUCUGCUUCCCCAACAUCAACUCCUCCUGCAGGCGGCUGCUGCGUCCCCACUCUGAGACUGCAGUCCUCUACACCCUGCUGGCCUUCGUCUCUCUGCUCACUGUGACACUCAACCUGCUCGUCAUUAUCUCCAUCUCCCACUUCCGGCAGCUCCACACCCCGACCAACGCCCUGCUCCUCUCCCUGGCUGUGUCCGACCUGGUGGUGGGGCUGCUGGUGAUGCCCAUCGAGGGCCUGCGCUACAUGGAGACGUGCUGGCUGCUGGGGAGGCUGAUGUGUGCUCUGACUCCUUAUGUUUCUUACUGUCUGCUCUCUGCCUCUUUGGGCCACAUGGUGCUCAUAUCCAUAGACCGCUAUCUGGCUAUCUGUGAGCCACUGCUGUAUUCCUCUAAGAUCACUCUGACUGAUGUUAAAAUCUUAAUCUGUCUCUGUUGGGCCUGUUCUCUUCUCUACAACGGGUGUAUUCUGAUAGGACACUUAGGGCGGCCGGACAGGUUCAGCUCCUGCCACGGAGAGUGUGUGGUGGUCAUCAGCCACAUCUCAGGAAUUGUUGACCUCUUUAUCACCUUUGUGGGGCCUUGCACUGUCAUGGUUGUUCUCUAUUUGAGGGUGUUUGUGGUUGCUGUCUCUCAGGUGCGUGUCAUUCGGAUGCAGACGGCUGCUACCUCUGUCUCUGCAGCUCCAACCGCUAAAAGAUCAGAGAGGAAGGCGGCCAGGACUCUUGGGGUUGUGAUAGUUGUGUUUUUAAUGUGCUUCUGCCCGUAUUACUAUCCUGCUUUUGUAGGUGAAGACACCUCCACUAGCUUGUCAUACUUUGCAGUGUUGUCUUGGAUAAUGCUGUUGAACUCCUGUGUGAACCCUCUGAUUUAUGCUCUGUUCUACCCCUGGUUCAGGAAAGCUAUCCAACUCAUCUGCACCCUCAGAAUACUGCAGCCUCACUCCCGACAGGUCAAAGUGCUGUAAGACAGGGCUGAAAUCACAGAGACCCUCUACAGAGGCCUCAGGCACAGAGUUUCUCAUUUUGUCACACACGUAAUCACUAGUGAAGUACACAAUACUGACUUUUCACUGCAAAUGGCUGUCUGUUGACCUCUAAUGAAACAAUCUAUGUGCAGCAUUUGUGCCUGGGAGCUAAAUAUUUUCACACAUGCAAAUAUAAAGAUAAAUACAAACAUUGAAAUGACGAUGAUCUAGUGAAGUGAAUCUCUUUAGUUGUUCUUUCAGUGGGAAAUGUCCUCUUUUCAUUUCUUUACCACAUUGUCAUGAACAAAUGUAUAUUUUAAGCUGUUCUAAGUAUAAUAUUCAUAUAUUUAUUCUGAAUUAUUGCUUUCCUUCCAUGGACUUACCAUUUGAGAGGUGUCUGUGUGAAUAAAGCCUGAAAAUCACAAGGAUUAGAAAAUGGUUAGAAAGUGAAGGUUCACAGAUACGUUAAAAACAAGCAUUUGAAAAGGAAAAAUCUGAAUAAGAGAGGGAGAAUAAAACAGCACAUGUCCCCCCCUUAGGUCCUACUAUUGCUGAGCGACCCUCAAACAAGGCAUAUCUCCCAAUGGAGAGUGAUUUUAACAGAGCAGCUCUUUAGGUAUACAUCUGUAUGAAAUAAUGUGUAUAAUAAGUACACACUUCCGUGAUAAAUAAAUAUAUCUCAGCAAACCAACAGUCACAAAGCAUGCACAUUCUGGCUAAAGCCACAUGGGGGCGUUGCAAUGGAGACUACAGGACACUGCAGAAGACACUUGCUGCCUCUUUGUACAGCAGAAAGAGCUACAGACCAACACAAUAUACUAAAAGUCACAUUCAGACACAUUUUAAAGCAUUUCACCACCCUGGUUUCUUCAUUUCUUUUAACCAAUUCAUUGUGAUAACAUUCUCACCGACGAGCCAACUUCUAUUUCACUGUCUACUGUACCUACCCAAAGAUAGCAAACAGUCUUAAUACCCUGUCCCUACAAAAAGAUGGAUUCUUAUUAACACAGUGCUACAUGGUCUGUUGUAAAAUUGAUCUUCAGUUGAAGUAAACUAGAAGUUCAAAACAUGAAAACUGAGCUCAAACCGUUGUCUGUUGAACUGAAUGAGAUGUACACUGAGUAGGUCCUAUGACAAAUGUAUUGAAUAUGUAAAGGAACCAACUAAUGUCUAUACACUGGACUUUUCUCUUAAUGUAUUCACUAUUUGUAUUAUACUGAUUUUCCUAUUUUAGUGUGCUACUUUUAUUUAUUCCCAGCGCAGGCAGGGAGGAAUACUGGGUGGUUAAAAUGUGGAGUAACGUUUAUGUGAGUGCAGUAUGUUUGUACAUGUGAGUGUAUGUCUAUAUAAAUGCAAAACAGAACUUUUUAAAUAAAGUUUUUAAAAAAAUGUCUGUUUAAAAUAAUAAAAAUAACAGUUUUGAAGUAAUUUCA